AUACAUGUGUGGCAUGACGCAGGAAGUGGUGAUGAAACAACAAAAGGCAGAAAAGCAGAAGCUGUCUGGCGCAGCAGAGACACUCAGAAAGAAACAGCAAAAUUCCUCUGUGACAGUCAUGAGCUUCAACAGUUCCUGUUCAACCAGCGAUGUGGACGAACAAAUGAAAUACCUAGAGCUGGUCAUAUACAUCCCCAUAUUCCUCUUGGGGAUGGCUCUUAACCUGGCGGCUCUGCUGGUGUUUUGCCUGUGCCUCCCAAAAUGGACUGAGUCAACCAUCUACAUGACUAGCUUGGCUCUAAUGGACCUCCUCCUCCUUUUGCCACUACCCUUCAAAAUGCAUGCUGCAAAUCAUAAGUGGUCGAGCCAAUCCCAAGCAUUCUGUUCAGUUCUGGAAAACCUUUAUUUUGUUGGCAUAUACGGCAGCAUCUACAUGAUCAUGUGCAUAUCUGCUGAUAGGUGGCUGGCAAUAUGUCACCCAUUCAAAGCCAAGCAGCUGCGUUCCCCCACAGUGGCUUUCAUAACCUCCCUCAUGGUCUGGUUUCUGGCGUUUUUUGCAAUCUUUCCAGUCACCUCCAACUUCAGGGGUGAAAAUGGGACCGACUUCCACUGCUUUCACAGAUUUUCGGAGACAGGCUGGAGUCCCAAGGUGAUCAUCUGCUUACAAAUUUUCGGUUUCCUGGGGCCUGCGCUUGUGGUGGUUUGCUGUUCAGUUCAUACCAUCUGGACCCUCCAGGAGUCCGGACAGCGUAGCUCCAAGAGCCAGGCCUGCGUGAAGAUUAUCUACAGCAGCCUGAGCGCCUUCUUGGUGCCAUUCACACCGAGCCACUUGGCCAUCUUCCUGCAGUUCCUGGUACACCAGGGAGUGAUUCAGGAUUGCAACACCCAGAAAAGUAUGAGCAUGUUCUUACAGACCACCAUGUGUCUGUCCAACAUCACCUGUUGCUUGGACGCUGUGUGCUACUACUUCAUAGCUCACGAGGUGAGGAGUACCACAAACCCCUUAAGGAGGAGAACGCUGAGCACAAGAAGAGGCAAUUCCAGCACUUCAGAGGUCUGAACGAACGAAACAGCUAAAGAUGUGACUUGUACACAAUAGAGUGGCGUCAUGUUGUUUUUGCAGAGUAGUAAAACUGACUGAACAAGCAAGUCUAGAAAAAAAGAAUUUGCAUGUACUUUGAGCUAUAUGAAAUUAACCAGGUCAACCUGCAAUGAUAAUUUACCACUGAGCUGGAGCAGUAAGCCAGUUGACACAUCUGUAACCUCAGAGAGCCCCAAAACCAAAGUAUGGGCGGCAAACAAAAGACAACUUCCACUACAGAUGGAGAUGGUAUGAAAAAUUUUUUUCUAAAGAUGGCACUUUCGGCUCGUCGACUCCCUGAUGAGAAACUGACUUGUGGUAUGAUUCAUUUUAAAUCUGGCAUGGGCGGCUCGUUGCACAGCUUUGUUGUUUUGAUUCUCAAGAACAGGAGUCAGACAGAAAAAGAGGAGACUUAAGGGUUCUCAUCAAAAAUAAGACCAAAAGAUCACAGUGGACAAACAUUAAACAAUAUUAAACAAUGCUAUUUCAUUAGAUAUGCUUCUUAAGUCAGAAACCUUUAUUGGGUACCAGCAUCAACCCUUUAAAUGAUACUUAAAACCUUUUUGACUCGGUUUUUACUCUUUCUUUUUUUUUUUGUUCCUUCUGUAUAUUACAAAUGGUUUGAGUGGGAUAACUUAUUCGUAGAAGAAAUAACUGUGAAACUGAGCCUAAAAUAAUAAAGAAUAGUGUGUUAAGAAUAAA